UUUAUCGCACCAGCAGUACAAUAACACAGCACAAUGGCUGGUCAGAUCACGGCGUUGUUGUUUUGUCUCUGUGAACUUGUCUACGUAACGAAUGUUGCCUUUGCUUACGACAAUAUUGCUUCAGGGAAAUCUACACGGCAGCUGAAUCCUUAUAAUUCUAUUUCUAAUGUAUGGGGAGCGAAUCUAGCGGUGGACGGCCAGAAAUCAAACUUUUCUUCUUUAGGAGGACAGUGUACGGUAUCUGACAAUAAUAAACGAACAGCGAAGUGGUGGGUGGAUCUAGGAGGUGUUCUCAGUAUACAUCAGAUGACUAUAUACUACAGGACGGACAAUGUGGCCUGGGAUUCCAAUAAUGAUUACACCGCUCGAUUCCUUGGUUUUUCGGUGUACAUAUCGAACACAACCAACAAAGAUGACGGGGUACUGUGUUUCAAAGACACGAUGUACACCAACGCCACAAUACCGAAUACGACAACCAUAACAUGUGCUAGACACGGACGUUACGUCAUUUAUUACAACGAGAGACUACAGAAUGUCAAUUAUCCUGAUGGAUAUUCUCAGUACGCAUACAACGAACUCUGUGAAUUUGAAGUUUACGGUUUCCCAAUACCAGGCGUGUAUGGAGAGAACUGCAAUAAUCAAUGUCCCCAGAACUGUCAGGAGAGACACUGUGACAUUGUGAACGGAACCUGUCUGGGGUGUAUUCCGGGAUACAAGGGGUCUGUCUGCGAUCAGGCCUGUGUAAAUAAAAGAUACGGCCUGGAGUGUAAACAGAACUGUGGUAACUGUAGUGAUGGGGAACAAUGUAAUCACGUGAACGGAAGUUGUCCAAACGGAUGUGACGCAGGAGCUCAAGGCGAUAAAUGUGAUCAAGGUCAGAGGAAUUGUAGAAAUGCAUAUCUAAGGAACUACUUUUACGGACAGUGCCAUAGAACAGAUAAAUCAAAUGUAGUGACCCCGUGGGGAUCGGAAUGUCUUGAUGGAUGGUAUGGGAAGAAUUGUGCUACACAGUGUAAUCCAAAUUGUAGAGGUUGUAAUAGAUUUAAUGCCAGGUGCGAGUCUGGUUGUCUUCCGGGGUGGAAAGGGCCAUUAUGCGAGAAAGAAUGUGACGCGAUAUUGUAUGGAGAGAACUGUACACAACACUGCGGUCAAUGUCGGGAUUUAGAACAGUGUAAUCACAUAAACGGAACAUGUUUAAACGGCUGUGACAGAGGAUAUCAAGGCGAGGAAUGUACUGAAGAAUGUCCAGCAGGUUACUAUGGUUACAACUGCCAUAACAAGUGUAACAUCAACUGUGGAGUCCCUGAGAUAUGUGACAGAGUGACAGGGCAGUGUCAGAAUGGAUGUCAGGCGGGGUGGAAAAAUCGCAAAUGUGAUUCAAAAUGUGAUGGUGCAACAUUUGGACUAGGCUGUAAUCAACCGUGUGGAGUUUGCUUGGGUAACGAACCGUGUCAUCACGUAAACGGAACGUGCACCAAUGGUUGUGACAGGGGUUACAAAGGAAUCAAUUGUAAACAUGAGUGUGGCUGGACGUCCUUUGGUUAUAACUGCAAUGAAACAUGCAGUAUGAGUUGCUUCAAUCAAACAUGUGACACUGUGACUGGAUCAUGUGUACAGUUUGACUCUGAUCAAACGAAUUAUAGAUCAAAUGCACAGUUUCUCAAAUUAGCAAUGAUUAUAUUUUCUGUAGAGAACAACGACAGAGUAGGUCAAACUUUCACCGACAUCAUCUACGAGAAUCUGGAUCCAAAAGAUAAGCUCAUCUCAAAACCGGAAAGGAAAUCAACUCCUGUCACAAACGCGAAGAAAUACGAAACCAAGACUGAUUACGACACUGAUGACGAAGGCGUAGAGAAUCCCUAUGGUGAUCUGUACAUAAAUGAAGAAACCAUUGCCGAUGUUCCCGUCAGUCAGCUAGAGAGCGUUAUUGUCGAAAAAAAGAAAGAUGGAGAGGAUGGAUUUAAAAGAGAAUAUGCUAUGUUGCCGUACGGGGAACAACACCAGUGUGAUGCCGGAAAGCGACCCGAAAACGUGCCGAGAAACAGAUUUAAAACCACUUCCCCGUAUGAUCAUUCCAGAGUCAUUUUAAAAGGAGAUAAUGGAACAUCGUCUGACUAUAUCAACGCCAAUUACAUCAAUGGAACAGACGAAGAGAAUGAAUACAUAGCUUCACAAGGACCUAAACAAAACACCCUGGUGGAUUUCUGGGCGAUGAUAUGGCAGGACAAUGUUAGUCAGAUUGUGAUGUUGACAAAUCUUAAAGAGGGAGUCAAGAUAAAGUGUACACAGUACUGGCCAGAAGAAAUGAAAACCAGAGCUUUUGGACAACUUGUGGUCAAAUUUGUGGAAGAGAAAAAAUAUGCGUUUUACGUCAUCCGAAAACUGUCCGUUUCACACAAAGAGCUCAAAAAGUCCCGCGUUGUCAGACAAUAUCACUACACCUCCUGGCCGGAUCACGGGACUCCAGAUCCGCUCUGUUUGGUUGUUUUCCAUGACCUCGUGACGAGGACAAAACCCAAUCAAAAUAAAGCACCAAUUGUUGUACAUUGCAGUGCUGGAAUAGGGCAGACUGGCACAUAUAUCGCCCUGGAUGCUUUGUAUAAAGCCGGGAAGGCGACGGGCAAAGUCAAUAUAGCAGAAUACGUGAAGACAAUGAGGGCAAAUCGAAUGAACAUGGUCCAAACCUAUGAGCAAUACAUGACGGUGUUUCUUGCUCUGAACGAAUACUUUAAAUUUGCUGUUGACACUCAGAGUCUUAAUCAGUUCAUGCAGAAGGCAGAACAAUUGGCGGGAGACCAGCCAGCCAACCAGACGACAAUUAGGAAGGAGUUUGAGCUCUUGAUCAAAAUACGACCUAUGUACACGCCAACAGAUUAUAAAAUUGCUAGCCAACACAAUUCGAACAAAAACGAAUAUGAUUUAUUACCACUUGACAAGUACAGCUUAUAUCUAACAUCAUCGGUUGCAAAACGUGGAAACUUCAUCAAUGCCAUCCAUGUCCCUUCAUACACAGAUGAUAGGACCUUCAUAGUGACGAAUUAUCCAUCAGCAGAGGGCGCUGUGGACUUUCUUCGUCUGCUCAAUGACCAUGAAUCCAAUACCGUGAUCUGCAUGGAUCCAUUACGUGAAAUUGAAUCGUCAAAAGCAUGGUUUCCAGAUCCAGGUUCGACUAAAUCCUUGCCGCCUUUUGAGGUGUGUCAUCGGUCUGAAAAUAGCACAGAUGUUAAGAUCACCAAAGCACAUAUUUCAAGAGAUGAGGAGACUCCUCAGAUUAUAACAAUAGUAGAACCACAAGGACCAGUGCAGUCUUCCGGAACUCCUCGUGACACUUCGUUUCUCCGAAACUUAGUGUCAUUUGCUCAGAAUCCCUCUACAGAAUACCCAAUCACCGUCGUCAGCAAAAAUGGCGCCAUGCUGUGUGGUGUUUUCUGUUCGGUGUAUAACGUGAUACAACAGCUGAAGAUGGAUGACAAUAUUGACGUCUUUACAGCUGUACGACAACUGCAGACAAGGAGACCAGAAUUCUGUUCUACUCAAGACGAGUAUCUGUUGGUGUAUAGAGCUGUUUGUGACUACAUCGAGGCUACAUCAGAAAACGUAUACUACAAUCAAUAGAGGAGGACGGGGCGUGCUGCGUUGUUUUAAUUUCUCAUUUUAUGUUAGUGUUAAUGAUUUGUCAUUUGAUAUUAACGUUUAGAAAUAGAUUGUUUUUAUCACCCUCUAUUGUAAUUUUAUAGUUUUAUUACGAUUUCGUUGUUAUAUGUAUUUUAUAGUUUAAAAUGUUGAUGUGAGAGAGAUUGAGAAAAUAGGAACGAAUGUAAGAAAAUAAA